AGUCCUGGCAGUUCUGGACCAUGCUUGGUUCCAAGCCACGUGAUCCUAAGGCAUUCAAGCAUUUUUGAGACUCCGUUUCUUCUUCGGUAGAACAGGUGGUAAUACGUAAGCCCUGUGGGGUUGCUGUGAAAGUUCAUAACCAUGUGUAUAUAGGGCCUGGCCGUCUAGGGGCUCAGCAGUGGUUGCUUCAGUUGAUGCGUUCUGUGACAACCUUGUUCUUCUUACAACCUUGGAAGGAACCGAAGAACCAUGCUGGCUUGUGUCUUGAGGAAGAGCACUCAAAACAAAACAUCCUAUCCCUCCAAAGACGCCAAAAAAGUCAAAACCUAUUUCCCAGUCCCUAGAAUAUUGUAGACAGGUCACGUCACAUCUAAAAGACAGUCCAGCGUUCAAGAUGUCAAAACGCGGACGUGGUGGGUGGUCUGGUGGGAAAUUCCGAGCUUCCCCGGGUCUUCCAGUAGGAGGCGAUAUCAACUGUGCUGACAGCACAGGAGCCAAAAAUCUGUGCGUCAUCUCUGUGAUGGGGAUCAAGGGGCGACUGAACAGACUUCCUGCUGCUGCUGUGGGGGACACAGUGAUGGCCACAGUGAAGAAAGGCAAGCCAGAGCUCAGGAAGAAGGUACAUCCAGUGGUGGUAAUUCGACGAGAGUCAUACCGGAGAAAAGAUGGCAUGUUUCUUAAGGAUAUCACAGAAAUCAUAGUAAACAACAAAGGCGAAAUGAAGGGUUCUGCUAUCACAGGACCAGCUGCAAAGGACCAUGAAGACUUGUGGGCCAGGACUGCAUCCAAUGCUGGCAGCAUUGCACGAUUUUUUGGUGUAUCAAAACAAAUUUUUUUUAAUGGGGCGCGGGAUGACAUUAGAGCAGUCCAAAGGAACAAACUGGGAAGACCAGCCAAGGCCACUGGACUAGAACCGCCAACAUCUAGGAAUCAUCACAUUUGUGGAAGCGCCUUCCAAGCACACACCGGCGGCCACUGGGUGCUGGGGGGCUGCCAAGACCUGCAAACAGGGCGCCACAGGCCUGAGACGCGGGAGGCGGGAGAGGCCCGAGCGGUCAACUGCUUCAGUCCGCCAGACCCUUCACCGAGCCCCCCGCAUCCACCAGCACCCGGGAGCAGGAAGCUACGGGAACAAGCAAAAGGUUUCGCGGUCUCUUGCAAGCACACCUGA